AUGCACGUGUUCACUUCAAACCCUCCCAUGAUGCACGUGUUCACUCCAAACUGUCCCAUGAUGCACGUGUUCACUCCAGAACCUCCCAUGAUGCACGUGUUCACUCCAAGCCCUCCCAUGAUGCACAUGUUCACUCCAAACCCUCCCAUGAUGCACGUGUUCACUCCAAACCCUCCCAUGAUGCACGUGUUCACUCCAAACCCUCCCAUAAUGCACGUGUUCACUUCAAAUCCUCCAAUGAUGCACGUGUUCACUCCAGAACCUCCCAUGAUGCACGUGUUCACUCCAAACCCUCCCAUGAUGCACGUGUUCACUCCAAACCCUCCCAUGAUGCACGUGUUCACUCCAAACCCUCCCAUAAUGCACGUGUUCACUCCAAACACUCCCAUGAUGCACGUGUUCACUCCAACUCCUCCCAUGAUGCACGUGUUCACUCUAGAACCACUGACGAUGAACAUCUUGAAUUCAUUCUUCUUUGAUAUGUCACUCACCCUCGCCACUAACGAAAUCAACGAAACUAAUGAACAAAAAUGUGUUUAA